CCCAACCACGCCGUCUACUCCUCGAAGUCUUCCUUCCUUUCUUCCUCCGCCCCCGCGCAAAACCCUAAGGAUAAGCAAAGUCCUAAUCUUUUCGUCUCGCAAAGAUAUGUCGAGGAGUCAGAGCAAUUUCAAACAGCAGCAUGAGUUCGAGCAGAGGAAGACGGAGUCGCUGUGGAUCAAGGAUAAAUACCCUAGCAGGUUUCCGGUGAUUGUGGAGAAGGCAGAUACAAGUGAUGUGCCAGAUAUUGACAAGCAAAAGUAUUUGGUCCCAGGAGAGAUGACAUUCGGGCAGUUUGUCCAUAUUAUCCACAAGAGUAUAAAUACGGGUGCAGAGAAAGCCAUAUUUAUGUUUGUAGACAAUGCGCUUCCACCAACUGGAAUUCUGAUGUCUCGGCUGUAUGAUGAUAAGAAAGAUGAAGAUGGAUUCCUUUACUUCGUUUACAGUGGGGAGAACACCUUCGGAUGCCAGAACAUGCAGUAGAAUAUGCAGUGCAUCGUGCCACCAACAGAGUGCCUUAAGCUGUACAUAUAACAUGAUUAUGUUUUGCAUGGUGCUAUAACGAGGAAGAUUGUACUAUAUUUAACAAUAAGUAAUUGUAGUAAAUUAUUUUAGGACAACUUCUUAUCUCUCCAUUUAGAUGCAAAAAUUGUAACUGAGAUAUUAUACAUUAUAUAUAUAUAUCUAUAUCUAUGGCAGAAAAAUAAACUGUCUUGUAUACCA